AUGCAACCCGCCACCGCAUCAACCAAGGGAAAAGGUGAAGAUGCCGAUAAGAAGAGACUUCGCAAUCGUCUGGCGCAACGAGCAUUUCGUCGGCGGCAGGCAGAUCACUUGAGAGCAAAGCAAUCUCACGCCAAUUCGAAAGACCAGCCUCACGAUGUGACGAUUCGGAAUCUGCGGGCGGAGAACAGCGCCCUGCGCAAAACCCUUAUCGAAGUAGAGACAAAACUCGCGCGGUUUACAGCCAAUAUCCAAUCUUUGUCUGCAACGGUGUCGGGCGCUCUUGCUGAUCCUUCUCCAGAGGGAUUUUUGGAGGAUUCGACGCAUUCUCAUCAUGAUCUCGCGGACGAGCCGCCUAUCUCCAAGGAGUCUUUGUCGAGCACAAGCCAAGUCCUGUCAUCUGGUAUCGAUUCAGCGACAGAUCAUUCUUUAAUAGAUCUAGAUCUCACCGCCAUGCCGGGGACAGAUCUUGCUCGGAAACCAUCUAUUCAACCAAUCGACGAUUGCAGCCCUGACCUCAAUCUUGUUGAAACCUUUGACAAUCUUGCGCAGCAAAUUCCGAGUCUCUGGUCUUUCGAGUACCAAAUGGGUCCUGAUUCAUAUGCCAACGCGUUGACGAGAAGUCAAGAUUCAAGUAUCGCCCUGGGUCGAGGAUGGACAGAUUCCAACUCCCCUUUCUCUGAUCACAUUCAAGUUCUCCAACGCCUCAUGAAUCAAAAGAUGAGAUAUAUGAUGCCGCUCUCCGGGAUAAAACUGAAUCUCUUCUAUCAAGAAGUCUUGAUGAUACUCGCCCUAUUCAACAGCAUGACCCGUCCGGACGUAAUGCGAUGGUAUGCGAAGACGCGGUUCUACCACAUUGUCAAUUUGACGGCCUGGCAGGUGUACCCCUGCCCCCAAACGUUCGAUUCAAUCCAUCCCCAGUACAAAUCCACGGAACUUCAACUCCAGCGUCACUAUCCCACCGUGAUCGACUGGAUCCCGUUCCCGUCUAUCCGCAACCGCCUGAUCCGACUCCACGCCGCCAAUCCCAAGAUCGAUCAAAUAUUCUGUGACGUCGUGAGCAGCUAUGUCGUGGAAACGUCAAUGUCCGAAUUGAUUUCCGGAGCCCCGAGUAUAAAAGCCUACAUUCGAGUGACCGAUCUCGCCGCAAAGAUCGACGUCUCAGCAUCUUCAUCUUCAUCUCAUGUUGACUGCGACGCAGCAUUCAGCGUCAGCCUCCCCGCCCCUGAUCUGGCCACUUUAUUCGCGUCCCCGGAAUACUGCCAGGUGGCGUUCAACUAUCUCAACAUGAACCGGGGUGUUUCGCAUUACAAAAUCGAUCCUGCGUUAUUCGCAACGUACCCCGAGCUUUACGAUCCCGAUGCAAAUGUCUCCGCGGAAGGCAUUCCACUUCGCCCGGACGUGCAGGCGUCGCUCACUUACCCUGUUCCCCUCGAUGCUCAAACCUUCCAGACCUAUCGGAACUUCAUUGAUUAUUCCCACGAUUGGUCGUUUGUCAUAUCCGGGGAUUUGGGCUGA